UAUUUCCUUUGUGAUUUGUCUUGAAUAAUUGGAAUUUGAAUUGUUUAACAUAAAAAUAAACAUCGAAUAAAUACAUUAUAAUAAGUUUGUUAUUCGUGGACGAAUUUGUUAUAUCAAUUCAAAUAUUAAAUAGAAAAUGUCGACUGACUUAAGUGCUAGUUUUAAUGAACAAUACGUAAAUAUUAACACGAAAUUAAAAAAACGUAUUAUGCGAAAACCUAAUGUAUCAGAGGCAACAAAACAUGAGUUUAUUGGUCUUGCAAUUCAAUGUGAACAUUCUGAACAACCCACAUUUGCUGGGCAGACAUACAUUGGUGCUGCUAAAUGUGAGGCUGCUAUUGGCAACUUUUUGGGAGAAGCAGAGCAAUAUAUAGCUGCUGCAAGACAGUUCAUAAAAGCUGAAAAAAAAUUGGCCACUCUGAAGUUCUUUAGUCCUGACAGGGAAAAUUUAGAGGCGGCAAUUGGGUGCUUUAUACAAGCAUUGAGUAAAUACCCAGAGAAAUCACCAAUCCGUACAUGGAUACUACUGGAAAUAGCAAAUAACCUCAUUGAACUGGAUCACAAGUUAGAAGCAGCUGCAUACUUUGAACAAGCAUUGGAGACACUGCAAGAGGAUAAUAUGAUGAAGGUUACCUGUUUGCAUAAUUUGUUCAACUUGCAAAUAGAUUGUGACAAAUAUGACAUUGCAUUACGCACAGGCAAUACAAUUGUGGACAGCAAACAUCCACUGCCUGGGAAAUUAUUAUCCGAAUUGCAAGUUAGCAGAAUACUUUUGGGUCUAAUUACAGAACUAGAUGGUAAAAAUAACUGUGAAUCAUUGAAGAAAUUAUUUUCAGACCUGCAAAAUGAUGAAGAUAACGAGAUGAUGCCAUUCAGCACCGACUUGAAACUGAAGCUGCAGUCAAUUAUAAUAUCUAGUAGUAUGUCCGACCACCAGGCAUUGCUGAGCAUUUCUAAUGAAGUGAAACCAUAUCUCAACAACCUGCAGAAGAGUCUGCUGGAAACACUUAUUAAGAAGAAACAAGAGGAAUAGACAUUAAUUAUCUAUUUAUCUCACUUAUUUGUAAUAUGGAUCUUAUUACAUCACAUAUACACUUUACAUUUAGUUUAAUGUGAUGCAUGUUAUAGGUAUGUAAGACAUAACAUUUUUACUUAUAAUCAAAAUUAGGUAAUAUAGUAUUUUUUUUAAUGCUAAGGGUUUCUAUGCGGCUAGAUUAAAGUUUUUGCUAUGUCAAUAUAGCAGGCAUAUCUAGAGCUAUUAUAAUAUUAGGGGUUAAGGUAUGAAACUGCCGUUUUAUUGUACUUCGAAUUGAUAUAGAACCUUCAUGGUUUGAGAUUUUUGAGUGAAACUUAUUUCACAUGGUACCUAUGUAGGUCUUCUUUUAAAAAAACGUGCAUUAUAUUAUCGACUUUCAGUUGUUUUUUUUAUUCUUGCGUCAUGAUUUGACUGAUAUGCUGAAAGAAAUUCGUGUUAAAACUUGUGUUGCCUCGUUGAAUCGAUACAGAAAUGAAGCAAAAUUGGAUCGAAAUUGUGACAUGCAAGAAAAGUGGAUUCUUUACGAUAACCAUAAGCGAAAACUGCAAUGGCUGACCCCAGGUCAAACGCCGCAACAGUGUCCUAAAACAAAGCUUACCAAUAAAAUGGUAAGGGUACUGAGUAACUGUCUCAUCUUGGUGUUAUUCACUAUAGCUUUCUCCGAUCUGGUCAAGCAAUAACGGCAGAUGUCUACUGUGCCAAUCUCUGAACAAUGAUAGCAAAACUAGCAGUGAAACAGCCCUGACUCAUGAAUCGAUCUUCACCAUCAUUGCUCCAUGAUAACGCGAGACCUCAUACAGCACGAGAAACCGAUUUAACUCUACAGGAACUGCAAUUAGAAACCAUUCGCCAGCCUGUGCUCCAACGGUAAUUAUGUUAAAUUAAAAAAAAACAGCAAAAAUUUUUCAGUACAAAUCGGUAAUUUCAUACUUUAAUUAACCCCUAAUAUGUAACACAUUUAAUUUUAUCAAGUUGUGUAAUUAUACCUAAUAAUUUGCCCUCCUCUUCCAUAAAAAAAUACUUAUAUCAUUUUAGAAUACAGUGUCUUGUUUAUUUAAUGUAAAUGUUACAGAUUUACAUUAAAUACGAAAACAUGCUCCUGCAAAGGUCACGAAACGUCAGUUUAAAUAAAUAAAUAAUAGAAAAUGUAACUUUACCGCAAAUACAAAAUAGAUAAAUAAAUAAAAAAUAGAUACAAUUACACGCGUUUUAAUCCUUUUUUUGAUAUUAUUUCAACACUUUAAAAUACUUAAUUUAAUUUAAUUUAAUUAUAAUCAAACUUUAUUGAGAUUCAAGUGUUUCUUGCAAAAUGAUAAAUAAAAUGAUUCUGUAAUUCAAUAUUUAUAUAGUAUCAUUUUAGUUUUUACAUUAUCAUACAGCAUAAACAAACCUAAGUACACAUGUUAACAAAAAUACACCAACAACUUCACAGACUCCACUGAAUCUCCAUCACUUGUCUUAUUUGUUAUACCAACAUUUAUUAUAAUGUGUAAAUAAAGUAGAGUGCAUUAUUUUUUAAAGGCAAAGAACAGAUAAAUAAUUAAAUUUGAUUAAGUAUUAGGUUAAGAGUUUUAUUAUAUUUUUAAAUAAUAAAUGUAUUGUCAGCAGAAUAUUUAUUCAUUAAAAAUCACAAGCUGGUACAGUUUGUAAGCUCUGCCCGAUACGGUAUAGUUUUAGUUGCUCUAUUUAAAAUCAUCAGAUAUGCUGACAUGUUUUAUCUGUGUUCACUGUCUAAUAAGGUUAAUAUAUCAGUUUAAGGUUGCACAGGACUGUACAAACAAGAAAUAAAUAUAAAUAAAAUAUUAUUAUAUUGAAACAUCAUUACUACUGUAGUUAUUUUUUCACAGACACAGUCAAAAUCAUCAGUUUUAAUCUCACGUGUUGAUAUGAAAAAAAAGUUAUUCACAAACAUAGUACUACUUGUACUCUCAAGGUGGAGAACCGACAGGGAUUUUGGGAAAAUUGCAAUGAAGUGCACAGUAAUUAAUUUAUACAAGUUAUAAUAUGUAUAAUUCUUUUUGUAUUUUAAUUAGUAGAGCAGCUUAACAUCAUUCUAUAUUUUAUAAACCCAUUGAAUAUUAUUUAUAGUCAUAUUAUAAUGAUCUCAGUAGUUUUUAUAAUAAAAUACAUAAAUUAAAA